GAAGUGCCUGUCUUCGGCUGACAGCUGCUGGCGCGGCAGCGGCCCGGAGCAAGAUGGCGCUGCGGCCGGGAGCCGGAGCCAGCGGUGCGGCGGGGGCGGGCGCGGGGCCCGGCGGGGCAGGCAGCUUCAUGUUUCCUGUUGCAAGUGGAAUGAGACCCCCUCAAGCAGGCCUGAUUCCAAUGCAACAGCAAGGAUUUCCUAUGGUCUCUGUCAUGCAGCCCAAUAUGCAAGGCAUGAUGGGAAUGAAUUACAGCUCUCAGAUGUCCCAAGGACCCAUUGCAAUGCAGGCAGGAAUACCAAUGGGGCCAAUGCCGGCAGCAGGGGUGCCUUUCCUGGGUCAGCCACCUUUCCUGAGCAUGCGUCCUGCAGGCCCACAGUACACUCCAGACAUGCAGAAGCAGUUUGCGGAAGAGCAACAAAAACGAUUUGAACAGCAACAAAAGCUCUUAGAAGAAGAAAGAAAAAGGCGUCAGUUUGAAGAGCAAAAACAAAAGCUCAGACUUCUCAGUAGCGUGAAACCCAAGACAGGAGAGAAGAACAGAGACGACGCUUUGGAAGCCAUAAAAGGAAACUUGGAUGGGUUUUCCAGAGAUGCUAAGAUGCACCCCACUCCAGCAUCACACCCCAAAAAACCAGACUGCCCCAUGUCAUCUCAUUCUACUAAAACUGUCCCCCCAUCAUCUGCCUUUCUUGGUGAAGACGAAUUCAGUGGCUUUAUGCAGGGGCCUGUUGAGCUUCCCACUUGUGGGCCUUCAUCCACAGCCCGGCCCUUUCAGUCUUUCCUCCCCGGCACCCCACUCGGCCAGUUACACACACAGCAGCCCGGGGCACAGCCUCUGCCGCCAGCUCAGGCUCCAGUGUCUUUUGCCGCACAUGGUGUCCAUGGGCAAAUUCCUUGUUUAUCUGCUGCUUCAGCUUCCCACAGUGUGCAGAAAGCAGGCCCUUCCUUGGAAGAGAAGCUCCUAGUAUCUUGUGAAAUACGUGCAUCUGGGCAGGAACACGUUAAAUUAAACCCUCCUGAUGCUGGGCACAAAGCCAUAGUCCCAGGUUCCAGUAAGAACUGCCCCGGUUUAGUGGCCCCUAGCAGGGGUGCUGUGGAUGGAUGUGGGAGUGGUCCCACUACUGCAGAAGCAGAAAAGGCUUCAGAUCAAACCCCGUCAAAGGAGCCGAGCGGUGUGGGCGUGUUUCCCUCUCAGGAUCCUGUUCAGCCCAGAAUGCCUCCUUGGAUUUACAAUGAGAGUUUGGUUCCAGAUGCCUAUAAGAAAAUUUUAGAAACCACAAUGACUUCAACUGGAAUAGAUACUGCUAAACUUUAUCCCAUUCUGAUGUCAUCUGGACUUCCCAGGGAAACUCUCGGACAGAUAUGGGCCUUAGCUAACCGAACUACACCUGGCAAGCUCACUAAGGAGGAGCUUUAUACCGUUCUCGCCAUGGUAGCAGUAACACAGAGGGGCGUUCCUGCCAUGAGCCCUGAUGCUCUGAACCAGUUCCCUGCGGCUCCCAUUCCUACCUUAAGCGGCUUUCCUAUGACUCUGCCUACCGCAGUGAGCCAGCCAACAGCAAUGCCCUCUGGCCCCGCAGGCUCCAUGCCCCUCGCCCUUGGACAGCCCAUCAUGGGCAUUAACCUUGUUGGACCAGUGGGUGGAGCUGCAGCACCAACUUCCAGUGGCUUCAUGCCAGCCUACCCCUCAAACCAGGUGGGAAAGACAGAAGAAGAUGACUUCCAAGAUUUUCAAGAUGCUUCAAAAUCAGGAUCCAUUGAUGAUUCUUUCACUGACUUCCAAGAGAUGCCUGCUUCCUCAAAAGCCAGUAAUUCCCAGCAUGGAAACAGUGCUCCCUCACUCUUGAUCCCACUCCCUGGGACUAAAGCCUCCACAGACAAAUACGCAGUGUUUAAAGGGAUUUCCACUGACAAACCCUCGGAAAACCCUGCUUCAUUUGGAGAGUCUGGUGAUAAAUAUAGUGCUUUCAGGGAACUUGAGCAAACAACAGACAGUAAGCCUUUAGGAGAGAGCUUUGCCGAGUUCCGAUCCACAGGAACCGAUGAUGGCUUCACUGACUUCAAGACCGCCGAUAGCGUGUCACCCCUAGAGCCACCAACAAAAGAUACUUUUCCAUCAGCUUUUGCCUCAGGAGCCGCACAGCAGACACAGACACAGGUGAAAACCCCUCUGAACUUAGCAGACCUAGAUAUGUUCUCCUCAGUGGAUUGCAGUGGCAGCGAGAAACCAGUGCCCCUUUCAGCUGCGUUCAGCACAGCAAAGCCAGCUUCCGCUCGACCUCAGCCGGCGGCUUCAGUGGCAGCCUCAGCAGCACCAGCGUCCACUAAAACUGCUAGUUUGGCAGAUGAUUUUGGAGAGUUCAACCUCUUUGGGGACUAUUCGACCCCUGCAUCUGCUGGGGAGCAGGACGACUUUGCAGAUUUCAUGGCUUUCGGUAACAGCUCCAUUUCAUCCGAGCCAAAGGCAGAUGACAAGUAUGAAGCCCUCAGGGAGGAAGUGAGUCCCGGCCUCUUGUCCAGCAGCACUGUGGAGGGUGCACAGAACCGACCUGCUGCCACAACCAAGUACGAUGUCUUCAAACAGCUUUCCCUAGAGGGCGCUGGACUGGCCAUGGAGGAAUUCAAAGAGAACACUUCUUCCACAAAGAGUGACGAUGACUUUGCCGACUUCCACUCCAGUAAAUUUUCAUCCACGAGCUCAGACAAAUCCCUGGGAGAGAAAGCUGUGGCUUUCAGACAUGCCAAAGAAGACUCGUCCUCAGUGAAGUCUUUAGACCUCCCCUCCAUCGGUGGCAGCAGUGUUGGCAAGGAGGACUCUGAAGAUGCACUUUCUGUUCAGUUUGACAUGAAACUGGCUGAUGUGGGAGGAGAUCUUAAGCAUGUCAUGUCUGAUAGCUCUUUGGAUUUACCAACAGUUAGUGGCCAACAUCCUCCUGCUGCAGAUGUAGAGGACUUAACCUGUGCUGCUUUUGGAAGCUGUAGUAGCCAUUUCACAGUGAGCACACUUGUAAGCUGGGAAUGGUCAGACAGGGGUGAUGCACCUCAGGGCAGAAAACUCUCUCCAUUCGUCCUCUCAGCAGGAAGUGGGUCCUUCUCAGCCGCCUCAAACCUUCAAACAAAAGAGAUCUCAUUUGGCAGUUCUGAAAACAUCACCAUAUCAUCUCUCUCCAAAGGAUCAGCCUUGGCCAGUGAGGAUGCUCUUCCAGAGACUCCCUUCCCAGCUUUUGCCAGCUUUAAAGACACGAUGCCCCAGACCACCGAGCAGAAAGAGUAUGACAGUGGGGACUUUCAGGAUUUCACAAGGCAGGACAUGACCAUGGUGGACCGGAGCCAAGAGACCACAUGUCCCAGCCCAGCUUCCAGUGUGGCCUCUCAUGGAACCCCCAAGGAGGGUGCAGACGACUUUGGAGAAUUUCAAAGUGAAAAGCCCAAAAUCAGCAAGUUUGACUUUUUAGUAGCUAAUUCACAAAGCAAAAUGAAGUCCAGUGAAGAAAUGAUCAAAAGUGAACUGGCAACCUUUGACCUUUCUGUUCAAGGAUCACACAAGAGGAGCUUGAGCCUUGGGGAUAAAGAGAUAAGCCGGUCCUCUCCUUCCCCAGCCCUGGAGCAGCCUUUCCGAGACCGGUCCAGCACUCUGAGUGAGAGGGCUACGUUGCCUGUCAUCCGCGACAAGUACAAGGAUCUGACCGGCGAAGUGGAGGAAAAUGAGAGAUACGCAUAUGAGUGGCAGAGAUGCCUUGGGAGCGCCCUGGAUGUCAUUAAGAAGGCAAACGACACCUUAAACGGCAUUAGCAGCAGUGCUGUUUGCACAGAAGUUAUCCAGUCAGCCCAAGGCAUGGAGUAUCUUUUAGGUGUGGUGGAAGUGUACCGAGUGACCAAGCGUGUGGAGCUGGGGAUAAAAGCCACUGCCGUGUGUAGUGAGAAACUCCAGCAGUUGCUGAAGGACAUCGAUAAAGUGUGGAACAACUUAAUCGGCUUCAUGUCACUUGCCACACUCACACCAGACGAGAAUUCACUGGAUUUUUCCUCCUGUAUGUUACGGCCUGGGAUCAAAAACGCUCAGGAGCUGGCUUGUGGAGUGUGUCUCUUAAAUGUGGACUCCAGGAGCCGGAAAGAAGAGACGCCUGCAGAAGGACAGCCUAAAAAAGCGUUCAACUCAGAGACUGACAGUUUCAAGCUGGCCUAUGGGGGACACCAGUACCACGCCAGCUGUGCCAACUUCUGGAUCAACUGUGUCGAACCCAAGCCUCCCGGCCUCCUCUUACCGGAUCUGCUCUGAAAAGCUGUUCAAUGAAGCUGAUUUUUUGGUUGUUUCUGUCACAGGACUUAGGGUGACAGAAAUCAAUAAAUAGAAUGCAAGUACUGCAAAGUCCCCUUCCACCGGUCUCUUUGAAGCAUUCCCCAGGAGGUAGGGUCCCACCAGAAAACCUUCUGUCACUGCUGCCACCUGCCCCUCUUUGAGACUUGAGGUAAAUUGCUAGACCCAAACUGCCCGUGGCACUGGACGCUUGCUUGCUUAUCUCCUCUGGCUUUGUUGUUGUGGAUGGUUUGAUUUUCUUUCUUAAGGAUAGGGCCUUGAUGACCUUGAAUUUGCAUCAGGGCUCCCUGUCGCCUCCCAAGUGCUGGAUCACAGGUACAUGCCACCAUACCCUGCUUCUCUUGUUCCUCUCUAGAUAAUUUAAAACGCAGACCAAAGUUUUCUGUGAGGAGUAAUCUUCUGCUGAAGUGUAUGUGAAACGUUAACAAAAGAAGAAAAAUAACUUCUGCUAGGACCAGAUUCCACGAGUUUGUCUCCAGCCGGCUCACUUAUAUAUCCAUCAUUUUGGCCCUAGGAGGCAGAACACACUUUUCUGCAUUUAGCUUUUAAACACUUGAAGUGAAUAAAAAAGGCUUGUGAUUAAACUGAUGCUCUGUCCUGGUAAAGAGAGCACUGCUGUCUCCACUGCACAGCGGCAGGCCAGGAGGACACAUAGUCACCUCCUGUGGCACCUCACCUCUUCCCCUUCCUGCCUUCCCUGCUUUGACAGCCCAGAGCCUGUGUCCAGGAUGUGCGUCCUUCCCCUUGGAGCCUUUAUUGAGAACCUGCUGUUUUGCCUCAACAUCAAGCAUAGCACCAAGCAUGGUGUUUUCCCACCAGAUUACAGCCGUGGACUGAAAUCUCUUCGUAGUGGCCGCUGUCCACAAAGAAGACUGCAUAGGAGCCAGCGGUGCUGGACUGGGCAGUACAUCAGGAGAGGUCUGAGAACGGACUCAGGGUGAGAGGGAGUUCUGGGCCUAGCACAGUGAUUCUCAACCCUCCUAAUGCUGGGACCUUUUAAUACUGUUCCUCAUGUUGUAGUGACCCCCUAGCCAUAAAAUUACUUUUGUUGCUACUUCAUAACUAAUUUUGCCAGUGUUACGAAUCAGAAUGUAAAUAUCUGUGUUUUCCAAUGGUCUUAAGUGAACCCUGUGAAAAGGUCAUUGACACCCUCUACAGGGGUCAUCACGAUGUCACGGAUGUCAGGCCCACAGGUUGAGAGCCGCUGUCAUAAUGAGAGGAACAGUAAGGUAGGGUGUGUGUUUGUGUAUACACGUACACUUCAGAUGCAGCAGAGGAAAGUGGUUAUAAACAGCACUGAAUUUUCAAAGGAAAAGUCUUACACUGGUAUAGGAAUUUGUCAGAUAAACAAAAUGCAUAAAACCAAGAGAACGCAAGCUGAAGUGGUUAAAAGGGCUUGUUCCGAGGAGAAGCCAGGGACUCUGGGACAGCUCUCUCUCUGGCGCGUGGGUCUGGGCUUUGGGAAGACUCUCUGGAUCGCACAUGCAUCCCUCAGCUGAUGCAGUUUUUAUUUGGAAGUCUAAAAUGUUAGGUUUUGUCUAUCUCACUCUUGCUUUUACACAAUUCAUCAUCUCCCCUUCCUCCUGAGGGGUGUCUGUGCUGUUCCAUCUUGUACCUUGUGUGUUUUCCCCAAGAUCGGAUCAUUUGCAGCUGUUGAUGCAGCUUCUCCUAGCCUUGCUGUGGCCCAGAAGGCAGGGUGAAGAGCCGAUGGUCCGUUUACUCAUCUGUUCCAGAUGACAUCAUCUCCAGCUCCUGAUAUUCAGAAAGCUGUGCAUUGUGACCACAUGGCCUUCCCCUCGCCAGGGCUGGUGGAGUGUGGAGACUCCACACUCAGAGGUAGGCUGCUUUUCAGUACACUCUUGUAAUGGCCCCUCCAGUGUCUCUCCACGCCACAGAGUAACAAGUAGGCCCUCCAGUCUUUACUCUAGGAUUGACCUUAGCAUUAGCAAUGUCCCCAGUUUAGCCACAUUUACACCACUGAAGCAUGUUCUGAAAAUGCUAUGUGAAGUAUUUUCUGCCCAGUGGCCUGUACCCAUGACUUCUGUUAAAGUACCUAGAUCGCCUCCACUCCUCGACGUAGUCCAGGAUGCCUCAGUUAAAAUUCCUUACCAUAGGGUUAGUCACUCCUUGGGAGGUGCCAGAGGAAAAUUCAGUGGGUGUAAGCAGAAAGCCUUUACCACGAAAAUUAUUGACUGUUUAAUGCCUCAAAGGCUUAGUCAGAAUCCUCCACCAGGGGUUAGGGGAGUGUGCGAUAUUAGCCGGCUGAUUUUCUCUGCACGCAUGUAUUAAAAUGACUCAUGUUGCAUUCAGCUUUACCUCAGCUCUUGUUAGCCAAGAGCCUGGUCCGUGUCCUUGGAAACAGUAACCAAGGUUACUCUUCUCCACGCUGUGCAUUGUGUCGGGCAGCUGCACCCACAGUUUGAAUGGCAACUAAUAAGCACUUGUGGCUGGGUGCUGGCCUUGCCUUUUCUGUCCUGUGGUUGCUGUGUGACCUGUGUGGACAUGCUUGAGACAGAAGGGUCUCAAGGUGCACAUGGAAAUGAUCUGAGCUUCCCUGUCUGAGUCUGCUAGUUGGCAUACCAUCUGGGAUACACAUUUUAAAUUAGUAUUUUGUGUUGCUCUACGUAUUUUAGGUGUUUUGCUUGUUUUUAUUUUUGGUCUUAUUUCCCGUUUUUCUAUUUAUGUGACAUCAAAAAGAUUUCUCAAGCAGAAAUUGGAGAUGCUUGCUUUGCACUGGGGGCUGUUCUAAGGCUUCUAAGUACCUUCAAGGUCAAACACCCUUCAACAGUUAACAAAGGAACUCUGACAUUUUCAGACAUUUGUCAUGAAGGAGUCAUUGCAGCCUGCUGUAGACAUUCCAGCAGAUGCCAGAAUGCAGGUCAAGAUGUGUGUGGCCUGUGGUUUGUCUAGACUGGGUACCACUCCUGUGGAAAGGGUACACCAAAGGAGACUGAAAAGCCCCCUCCUUUCAAAGUUCAGCCAAGAAAUAGGGCUUAUGUGAAACAACUCAGUUUAAAACAAAACAAAACAAAACAAAAAAAAACUUUACAAAUACUUUUCUAACAAAGUAUCAUUACAAUAAAAUUUUACUUAGUUCCAUUCUUUAUAUGGAGAACAUAGUGCAAGUGGCUUUUAAACAGGCCACCUGUGACCUCUCAUGUCAUAGCUGCAGCCCAGCUAACCUGAUGAAUGUCGCAAGCCCACCAUGAAACAGGUUUCUUGUGUAUAUGAUGUGGAACAUGGUCCUGUAUGUUAAAAGAUGGUGUGUAGCUUUUCCCUUGUGUACAUUCUAAUAAACAACUACUCUGCUGUGUUUA